GUUCUCUCUGUUUCUCCGCCCAGUUCUCCCUCGCAAUCAGUAAACCAUGUUCUCCAUUAGGUCCAUUCUCCGCCCCUCCUCCUCCUCUGCCUCUGCCUCGGCGGUGUUUGUAUUGCAUUCGUCACUCUACUCCUCUCUGUCUUCCUCAGCAGCCGCAGUCCAAGCCGAGCGAACCAUCCUCCACGGCCCUCGAAACGACUGGAGUCGCGGCGAGAUCAGAGCCGUCUACGACUCUCCCGUCCUCGAUCUCCUCUUCCAUGGAGCUCAGGUUCACAGAAGCGCGCAUAAUUUCAGACAAGUGCAGCAGUGCACUCUGCUCUCUAUCAAGACCGGUGGAUGUAGUGAGGAUUGCUCGUAUUGUCCUCAGUCUUCAAGAUACGAUACGGGACUCAAGGCCCAGAAGCUUAUGACUAAGGAUGUUGUCAUGGAGGCUGCUAAAAAGGCAAAAGAGGCUGGUAGCACACGCUUUUGCAUGGGUGCUGCCUGGAGGGAGACAGUUGGAAGAAAGACAAACUUUAACCAGAUCCUUGAAUAUGUGACCGAAAUAAGGAAUCUAGGAAUGGAAGUAUGCUGUACCUUAGGCAUGCUAGAACAGCAGCAAGCUGUAAAACUUAAAGAAGCUGGCCUGACAGCUUAUAAUCACAAUCUAGACACCUCAAGGGAAUAUUAUCCCAAUGUCAUUACCACAAGGACCUAUGAUGACCGCUUGGAAACAAUUAAGUAUGUCCGGGAUGCAGGAAUUAAUGUUUGCUCAGGAGGAAUAAUAGGGCUCGGAGAAGCAGAGGAGGAUCGAGUUGGUUUGUUGCACACAUUAGCAACACUUCCAUCCCACCCAGAAAGUGUUCCCAUAAAUGCGCUGAUUAGUGUGAAAGGGACUCCUCUUCAAGAUCAAAAGCCAGUUGAAAUAUGGGAGAUGAUACGCAUGAUUGCCACAGCACGUAUAGUUAUGCCAAAAGCAAUGGUCAGACUGUCAGCUGGCAGAGUUCGUUUCUCAAUGCCUGAACAGGCAUUGUGUUUUCUUGCUGGGGCAAAUUCAAUAUUUACUGGUGAAAAACUAUUGACCACACCUAACAAUGAUUUUGAUGCCGAUCAAGUUAUGUUCAAGGUGCUUGGAUUAACUCCAAAACCUCCCAGUUUCUCUGAUGAACCAGCAAAGGCAUCUGAGGUAGCAGCUUGUGAGGAUGCUGUUUCUGUUUCAGCCUGAAAUCAUUUUCAAAGAGGUGUGAUUAUCCCUGUCUUCUUCUGUUGUUAUAAAUGUUACAAUUAAAUAUUAAAAUUUGUGGUUGGGAGAGGGGACACGGAGUUUAGGGUUCCUGGUUUGGGUUGUCCUAUACGCGAGUUCAUUUUUCUAUGUAAAACUUUACCGCGGUUCUUAUAGAUUCAUUAGCUUCCUCCUUGUAACACCAAUUUAACUUUCAUUGUGGUUGUCUUAAUGUUUCUGUUUCUUUUUGUUUUG